AUGGUUGCUUUAGGGUCUGAACGAUCCUCCAGGGGUGUGUUCACAAGGGCGUUUUACCGGUGUCUGCCGCUCCUUGUCGCACUUGGUCUCUUCUUUUCCUUCCACAAUCUCUUCGGGAGCAGCUCAUAUCGAGCCAUCGGGGGACCGUUUCCACAGAAGAUAUGGCAAACGUGGAAGACUGAUGCGGCGGGGCUCGAUGCCAAAGACGCAGUUCGAGUGCGCACCUGGACGACCAAAAACCCGCAGCACCGGUACGAGCUUCUCACCGACGACAAUGCCAUGAGCUACGUAAAACACCACUACGGUCCCAACGGCAUCAAUCGGCCUGACAUUGUGCACAUCUACGAAACCCUGCAACUUAAAAUCAUCAAGGCUGAUCUCCUCCGGUAUCUCGUCAUGUACAUCGAUGGGGGACUUUACGCCGACAUCGACGUGGAAUGUCUCAAGCCCAUUAAAGACUUCAUCCCCAACCGAUAUCAAGAGAAGGACAUCGACAUGGUGAUCGGUAUCGAAACUGAUAUGCCCGACUUCAAGGGCCACCCGGUACUCGGCCAGAAGUCACAGUCGUUUGUCCAGUGGACCUUUAUGGGCAAACCCGGCCUGCCUGUCAUGAUGAGACUUAUCGAGAACAUCAUGAAAUGGCUCAACACCGUCUCCAAGGAGCAGGACAAGCCCAUCUCGCAGAUCCAUCUCGACUUCGACGAGGUCCUGAUCGGCACCGGGCCCUCUGCCUUUACGUCGGCCGUCCUGGCCGAGAUGUCGAUCGCGGCGGGUCGAGAGGUCUUGUGGGAUGAAUUCCACAACAUGCUGGACUCGAAGGUGGUGGCUGGCGUCCUGGUACUGACGUCUGAAGCCUUUGCCGCUGGUACUGGCCACUCGGCCUCGGGCAACCAUGACGGCAAGAGCGCACUCAUCAAGCACCACUUCCACGCUUCCUCGUGGCCCACCAACCAUCCGAGGUUCAAGCACCCUCUCUACGGUGAAGUGGAAAGGUGUAACUGGGACCAAGAAUGUGUCAAGCUGUGGGAUUCCAACACUGCGUUUUUCAACUCCCUUCCGGAGGAAGAGCAGCUGAAGUUGGUGCACAUGAAGCAGGUCGAGGACAAGAAGCAUCCACCCAAGAUCGACGAGCAAGGUCCCAUCGGCGGCAUGGCGCCUGUGGCAGGCAUGCCUCCCGCCGAGGAGCUCGAGGCUGCAGGUGCAGGAGCAGAGGCAGACCCCAAAGCGGCCGCCGCCCCAGCAGAAGAGGAGGCGAAGGGCGAGAAGCAAUGA